AUGGAUGGCGUUUCUUAUCCCAAAAUCUCCCAUCCUCAAGAUUACACUCACUGUGGACCAUGCUUAUGCCACUUCACAUUUCCUUCUCCAACUCUCCAAACUCACUUCCCUUCCACCAGUCUCUCAAACAUGGAAACUCUCCUCUUAAACCAAACUCUAUGCCGUCUCGACCUUUCACCUAAACCAAAACGCCCACUGUGUAUUGCUCCUCAGAUCUUCCACUUCAAACCCAACAAAAGCUUUGCCCUUUUUGCUGUCCAAAACCACGAAAGGGACUUCCAAGAAACAGGGAACACACUCCAAGCGGACGUCAGCGAUGAAUCCUAUGGUGAAGUCAGUAAAAUCAUCGGCAGCAGAGCAGUCCCCGGCGGGAAAGCCAUGGAGUAUUUAAUAGAAUGGAAAGAUGGUCACGCUCCUUCAUGGGUUCCACAAGAUUUUAUAGCUAAAGAUGUGGUGGCGGAAUACGAAACCCCAUGGUGGACAGCGGCCAAAAAAGCCGACGACAAGGCGUUGGCUGAACUUUUAGCAGUGGAGGAUGAUUGGCGCGACGUGGAUGCUGUAGACCCAGAUGGUAGAACAGCUCUUCUGUUCGUAUCCGGUCUUGGGUCAGAACCGUGUGUUAAGGUCUUAGCUGACGCCGGAGCUGAUAUUAACCACCGUGAUAACGCCGGUGGGUUAACAGCUCUUCAUAUGGCAGCCGGGUAUAUAAAACCCGGUGUAGCUAAACUGUUGUUGGAUUUCGGGGCGGAUCCCGAAAUCGAAGACGACAGAGGUUUAACACCUUUAGCUUUAGCUAAAGAGAUUCUAAAAAUAACACCCAAAGGAAAUCCAAUGCAGUUCGCUAGAAGAUUGGGGCUUGAAAGUGUGACAAAAACAUUAGAGGAAUCGAUAUUUGAAUACGCUGAGGUUGAAGAAAUAAUGGAGAAGAGAGGGAAAGGUGAGAACUUGGAGUACUUGGUGAAAUGGAAAGAUGGUGGUGAUAAUGAAUGGGUUAAAGCUAAGUUUGUGGCGGAGGAUUUGGUGGCGGAUUUCGAGGCGGGGUUGGAGUACGCGGUGGCGGAAGGGGUGGUGGGGAAGAGGAUGGGGGAUGAUGGGAAGAAUGAGUAUUUGGUUAAAUGGAUUGAUAUGGAACAACCUACAUGGGAGCCUGAGGAGAAUGUGGAUCCUGAAUUGAUAAAGGAAUUUGAUGAUGCAAGUCAAGGGAAUGGUGGGGUUGUGAAGAACAAUGGGGAAUCAAGUGAUGUUUCAUGAAAAUUUCUCAUCAUAUAGUGUUUAUAUAGCAUUUUUGUGUUUGUAAUUUUUGUUUUUGUCAAUGAGGAGGUUUAUUAUGUGUUGAUUGGAA